GCAGACCCCGCCCCCGCCGGGCGGGGCGGAGCACUCCCAGUCGCUCGCGGGGCCAGCUUCUCAUCUGUCGGUCAGACCAAGGGCACCCAGACUGGAAAAGUUGUUGCUGGGUUUGGGUGUCCCUCCUUUCCUGUGUCCUUUUCUUCCUCUUUUCACUUAAAUCCACUGAGUCUCUCGCCAAAUCAGUAAUUUAGGUAAUCCCACCGCUCCUGGCGGAACCUUUGUGAUGCCGGAACUGAUGUGUCGUAGGGUGGCUGCGGUCGGAGGACUGUUUUGGUAAAGGACUAGCAGUUCUCUGCGGAGGGCCGGUUGAUACAGUUCCGGUGAGAGAACGCGGCUGCGAGGUUUUCGGCUUUGGCUCCUGAUAUGCAGCGACAGAAUUUUCGGCCCCCGACUCCUCCUUACCCUGGUCCGGGCGGAGGAGGUUGGGGUAGCGGAAGCAGCUUCCGGGGAACCCCGGGCGGGGGCGGACCACGGCCGCCCUCCCCUCGAGACGGGUACGGGAGUCCGCACCACACGCCGCCGUACGGGCCCCGGUCUAGGCCUUACGGGAGCAGUCACUCUCCGCGACACGGCGGCAGCUUCCCAGGGGGCCGGUUCGGGUCUCCGUCCCCUGGCGGCUACCCUGGCUCCUACUCCAGGUCCCCCGCGGGGUCCCAGCAGCAAUUCGGCUACUCCCCAGGGCAGCAGCAGACCCACCCCCAGGGUUCUCCAAGGACAUCUACACCAUUUGGAUCAGGGCGUGUUAGAGAAAAAAGAAUGUCUAAUGAGUUGGAAAAUUAUUUCAAGCCUUCAAUGCUUGAAGAUCCUUGGGCUGGCCUAGAACCAGUAUCUGUAGUGGAUAUAAGCCAACAAUACAGCAAUACUCAAACAUUCACAGGCAAAAAAGGAAGAUACUUUUGUUAACAUUUCUGAAAUUCAACUGGAAGCUUCAUGUGUCAGGAACAUCUUGGACAAAAUUUUAAGUUGUGUUGAUAUAAAUUUACCCAAAGAUGAUGACUUUGAUUGGAUAAUUAGUAAGGUCUUUUUGUUAUUUUUCAUCGUAUCAGGUAUGGUUGAUAUUAGAGAAAAAAGUAGGAUAACUUACAACAUUUAGUUCUGGAAGUACCUACCACAUUUUAGAGAUAUAUUUAACAUUCCUGGUUACAUAAUGGACAUGUGUCUUUUAAUGUUUUUUCAAUGUUUUAAAAUAAAACAUUUUGUCUUCUA